AUGACAAUUACAUGUUUGAAUCAUCAAAGAUCACACGAAUUCAUUUGUUAUCAAUGUAAUAGUUUGAUGUGUUCAAAAUGUAUCAGUGGUCACAGCAAAGAUCAUCCUGAUCAUUCCGAUCAAUUUGAACAUAUCGAUGACAUCAAGGAUUCAUUGAGUACAUUGAAAUUAGAUGAUAUUAUUGACACAACAGUUAAAAAUGAAAAUGAUUACAGUAAAAAUAAUAGUGAUAGCAAUAGUAAUAACUUUUCACAAAUCAAUAAUAAACUUAAAUCUCUAUGGGAAUCAUUAAGAUCAUCGACAUCCAGAUAUCAAAGAUUAUCAACAACAGAGAAUGAAAUCAAAGAACACUUUGAACAAUUACAUCAAUAUCUAAUCAGAGAAGAACAUAAACUACAAAGAGAUAUUAUCAAUGAUAAACAUACAAUCACAAAUCAAAUCGAUAAUAAUAUAAAUCACUUGAAAUAUUUAAUAAAUAUUAUAAUGUUAUUUAAUAAAUUCAAUAGUAGUAAUGAUAGUAAUAAUGAUGAUAAAAAUAAAGAUAGUUAUAGUUCUAACAGUGUGUCAACGAUUGAAGAUACAACAUCAUUAUAUUCAACAACAACAAUAAUGGAAUCAAUUCAAUCAAGUUCAUCAUUACAAUCAUUCAUCAAUCAUAGCAACCAAACAUUAUUCAAUGAACAUCUUGAUGCAUUUAAUAUUGAAGAACUUCUCGAACAACAUUCAAAUGAUACAACAUCAUUAUUAUUAGAUAUCAUUCAUAAAUACAACAAUCAAUUCAAUAAAUUGGCUGAUGCAAUCACAGAAAAUAAUAACUUAACAUUAUCAUCAUAUAAAUUAACAAUCAAACAACCUGAUUUCAAUCAAUUGAAUUCAAUCAUUGAACAAUCAAUUAAACUUGAUAUCAUUGAAUCAACUGAAUCAAUGAACACAAAAAAACAAUAA